GUUAUGGCCUCCGCUGCCACAGGGCCAUCAUCACCAUCUGCCGACUCAUUGGCAUCAAGGACAUGUACGCCAAGGUCUCCGGGUCUGUCAAUAUGCUGAACCUCACCCGGGGCCUCUUCCUUGGGCUCGCACACCAGGAAACCCAUCAACAGCUGGCUGACAAGAAGGGUCUCCAUGUGGUGGAAUUCCGGGAGGAAUGUGGUCCUCUGCCCAUUGUGGUUGCCUCCCCCCAGGGGGCCUUGAGAAAGGAUCCAGAGCCAGAAGCCGAGGUUCCAGACGUCAAACUGGACUGGGAAGAUGUGAAGGCCAUGCAGGGAAUGAAGCGCUCUGUGUGGUCAGGAUUAAAGAGAUCACACACCUGACUUUUGCUCUGGCCUGGUCAGCCAGUGCCUGGUGCUGUCCAGCACCCACCAGAAACUGCCCCUCCAACGUUGGCAUGUUCCGCUACCCCUCUUUUUUGAGGACUUCAGUCUUCUUUAUUUACAAUUAAAUAUUAUAGCUUUGGUUAAUUGAACACAUAGUAAACACCAGUUAGUGGGAUAAGAACUUCACAUACAUAUCUCAGUUCAAGACUCAGUCUAAGUAUUGAUCCAAAUUGCUGAUUCAUCCAAAAUGACUUUUUAUUAACUUUAUUUUAUGGAGCAGUUAAAAAGUAACCUGACUGCAUUGAGGCACUACCAAACUCUUCCACAGCAGCUGGGCUGUUUUAUGUUCCACUGGGGCAUCCCAGGUUUCACCACAUCCCUGCUGCCCGCCAGCAUUUGUUCUGUCUUCUGAUGAAGGUCAUCCUAGUGGGUGUGAAAUGGCGCCUCAUUGUGUUGUGGCUUUGUGUGCUUUUGGCCAUUCAUUCGUAGGUGUUUUUGGAAAAAUACCUAUUUAAAUCCUUUGUCCACUUAAAAAAUUUGGUUAUUUGUAGUUUUUAUUAUUGAGUUGUAAUAGUACAUUCUAGAUUGAAGCACCUUAAC